AUGCCAGAAACGGGUCCCGCGGCUCACGGCUCAGCAAUGGAAGGAGUAACGCACCAAGCGCGAAUCGCGUACAUGUGGCACAUUGCGACACAGAGUAUCAUUUUCAAACCACCUUCAUUUCCAUUACAAUCAGUUCAACAAGUUAUAGAUUUUAACAAUAUCUCGCAAGAAGAAUACGAAAAUGCGGUCGAGUAUCUACAUUUUGUAGGCGGUUUCACUCUACAUGAUGCGAUAAAGUAUUGCAUGAAGGAAGCAAUGACUGAUGACACAAUUCGACAUUACUCGGCUUGGGGAGAGCGCGGAAAUCUCCCAUUGUUUGAUACCAAAUUAAUUAAAGUAAUAUAUGAUGCUGUAUGUAAAAAUUCGCAUUUCGAAAAACCGUUGCGAGAUGAUUUUUUUCAAGAGAUGGGGGAGGCAGUACGUUUUGGAAAACAAAGACAUCGAAAUGUAAUGAAAAGAAUAAAUGAAGGAGGAACAGGAAGAUGCCGGCAAUUGCGACGCGAGGCAGAUAACCAUUUACUUGUCGAGCUACAUGAUGAUGCACAUAAUGCAGUCGACAUAGAUUAUGCGGAUGAUGGCGAUCAUGAAAAGCUCCUCGAGAAUAGUAAUGAUAAACCGCGCGGAUAUACGGCUGCGGUAAAAGAAACGCGGCUGCGAGACUGGGUGUUAGACGCGGGGCGCGAAACCCCGUAG